AUGAAGAAUUUGCAAAUAAUAGCGGUAAUUCUUUCAGUGUGUGCAUGCACAGAUUUGCCGAAAAUGAGGGAUUCAGGGUAUAGCAGCAGUAUAGACCAGGUGCGGAUAUCCCCAACCGGCUCCGUAAGUUCGGAUAUUUUUUCUUUAUACACGCCGCCUGAGAAUAUAAGAGAAGAGUUUCAGAUGAAGGAGGCUGUUAUGUUCAAAAGAGACAGUUUUCUAGGUGAAAAAAACAAACUGCCGCUGAAGGACAUUCAAAAAGACACGGAUGUCUUUUUGCUGGGUCUCUAUCUGUUCUACGAUGAGGACAAGCCAAUCGAAAGCCUAACAACAAGCAUAUUUAUCAAAAACUGCAAGGCUCUUGGAAUCUUCAACGAAAAACAAAUCAGUUACAUUUUGACAAGGCUAGCGCACAUUCAUGCAAAGUAUCUGAUGAACUUGAAGAAGUGCCAGAAAAGCACUAUCGUGCAAAUAAUACAGGCAGUUGAACUUGGGACUAAGCUAAACCUAGGAAAGAAGCGCAUGGUGUGGGGAGGAAUAGAUGAAGGAUUCGAGAAAAUCAAGAGAUACAUGAAAGUGGAUGUGCUUCCUAUGCAGAAUGAUCUGAAAGCCCAUAUUGUGCGCAUAAAAAAUGCAGGGAAACCCGCUAUCGACGCGUUGUGCCAAAACAGAUGGCCCAAACUAGGCUUCAUCCUAAAGGCUGUGGAGGAUGAGACAAAGAAAAUGAAGAAAUCUGAGCUUUUCGCGCAUAAUGUUAACAAAAAAAUGCACCUGUCUAUAAUAUACAAGUACAUGCUGCUCAAGAAAACAAUAACAGCUGAAAUAUGGUGCAAUAAAACAGAGCCAAGCGCCUUUCUGAAAAAAAUACUGACCGAAGAGGGAAUUAAGUUGGACGGCGACAUAUACAAAAAAAUACAGCCUGAAAAUCCACAAACCGUAGCCAAUGCCGUAAAGAAGAUCUUUAUAUGCAGGCACAUCAAAAAAGCCAACACAGAGCCUCCAAAGGAUGCGAUGGAAAAUCUGCUGAAAGCUGCUUCAAGCUUAAGCAGCUUAAGCAGCACACUGGAGGUUUGUAAUGUGCUGGUUGACGCGCUGGCCUACAGCUUUAUUCAGGACUUUGCCACAGACACUUGCCAGAUCCCAUCCAUGAAAAGGUUUAGCACCUAUCUUAUGAAUAGCUACAACGGCAUGAUGGCUGUCAUUGAUGCACACAAAAUUCUGCUUUCGAUUUCCGACAUGCAUGGAACGGGCUCAAAGUCGGAAGUCUCUCUGUCUGCCUGCUAUAAAAAAUCCAACAGCCAUAAAGCCCUUCCAAAGUGGCUGCAUAAAAUAGUGAAGAGUCUAGGGGCUUCCUGCAAAUUGCACAUACAUGCUAGUAUGCAAGAGCCUCAUGUAGAGAUAACGAAUGUGUUUUCGGAGAUAACUCAGGUGGAGCUUCUUAGUGCUCCGGUUCCCUUGGAGCUCAAAUACAUGAAAAUACUUUCUAUUGCGCUAAAGCCGAAUUGCAACUAUAUUAUACUUGGAGUGAACUUGCAUAGAAACUAUAUGCAAGACUGCCCGAGACAAGAAAAAUCUGUUCCGCUGCACGUUCUUCUCUUCUACAGAGCCCUCACACUUUUCUAUUUGGACAACGUGGUAAACGAGCAGGCGUUCAGCGAAAUUACCUACUAUGCGCUGCAGGUCAUGUCCAACAACACAAAAGAGCAGAAAAUGUUCAAAGACUUCAUUCUAUCGUAG